AUUAAAAUAGAAAUCAACAAAAGGCGAAAGAGAAGAUAAAAGAACCAAAAGGAGAGAAAUGAACACUCCCAAGAAAAUUCCAAGGUGUCUAAUUAGUCUUAACACACGUGCAAGUGCCUCCACCACAGCCACUUCUACUCACUACUGCUACUGCUACUAACCCGUACUUAUAAAAGAUUCCCAGAAAAAAAAUUUGGCCUAGAACACAUUUUGCGUAAGAAAAAUUUGGACUAUCUACAAAAGCUUUUGCGUCCUAGAAAUUUGCCCAAGUAAAAAAGUUCUUAGGUCAAGUUCCUACGACUGAAAAACAUGGCGCACCGACAAGACAGCCGGCGCCGACUGAAGACUUUUCGACCUCGGAAAGACAUGUUUGGUGAUUGUAGCGAUGAAGAACCCGUCCAGAGGAAUAUAUCGCCUGGAUAGUGCUGGGAUAAUUUUUGUGACGGACUUGGUACGAGAUGACCCCCUCACACCUGAGAUGGUGAUUAUUUUACUCAGAGCUCACAGCAAGAUAAGAAAUGUUUUUGAAAAAGGAAUUAGUCAUCUAAAGCAACGCUUCCAUGUUUUGAAUGAUGAGAUCAGAGUGAGUCCCCCUCUCAAAGUCUGUCAGAUUGUGUGUGUCUGUGCAUUACUGCACAAUAUUUGCAAGGAUAGACACAUGCAGAUGCCUUACACUUAAGAGGAUGACGUGGACAAUGAUGUUGACAGUGAUGACAUCAAUGUUCCAUUACCAGACAUACCAGGAGUUGGACUUGCUUUCAGAGAGCAGUUGUCUUCUACACACUUCAGGAUGGCUCUACCUACUGAAAUGACCUGCUUGGUGAAGGAGGAGCCAGAAGAGGGGUAUGAACUAGUGAGGCGCCCUGUACCCUCACCAGGCCCUGGGGACGCCAUCAUCAAGGUGGACAGAGUUGGAAUUUGUGGCUCUGACAUCAAUCUGUGGAAAUGGAAUGAUAUGGCACAGGUCAUUGCCACACUGCCUUUCAUUCCUGGACAUGAAGCCACUGGGGAAGUAGUGGCAGUGGGCACAGGCGUGAGUGAGGUCAAGAUUGGUCAACGUGUGGCAGUUGAGAACCAUUUCUAUUGUGGGCAGUGUUACCAAUGCAAGGAAGGCCGUGGGGACAUUUGCCAGCGUAUGGACCAGUAUGGGCAUGGAAGAGGCACAAUGCAUGGAGGUUGUGGACAGUAUUCCCUAGUGCCAGCCCGCUACUGCUAUGCCCUCACAGCACCACUCACGCCAGACCAGGCUGUCCUGCUUGAGCCUAUGGGAGUGGCUCACAAUGCAUUGGAGGCUAUCAGUGUGGCAGGCGAGGAUGUGCUGGUGUUGGGCUGUGGACCUGUGGGCUUGUUUGCUAUUGCCAUUGCCAAGGCACUGGGGGCUCGGGCAGUGUAUGGUAUGGACCAAGUGAGUGGCAAGCUGGAGCUGGCCCGGACGAUGGGUGCGUCACGAGUCAUCCACACAGGGAAGGAAAAUGUGACGGAAGUCAUUCAAGCACUGACCGCAGGUAAUGGAAUAGGUCGUAUAGUGGAGGCCAGCGGGGCAGCCUCCCUGCUCAAUGCCUCCUUCUCCUGGCUGAGGAAGGGUGGGCAGAUGGCACUCAUUGGCUUACCCAAGGCACCCCUUCAUGUGGAGAAUGUAACAACUGAUGUAUUGUUUAAGUCUCUCACUCUCAAGACUGUCCAUGGCCGCAGGAUUUUCCACACCUGGGCAGAGUGUGAGAGACUCCUGGUAGAAGGCAAGGUGGACAUUACCCCUGUGGUUUCUCAUCACCUUCCCAUUAGUCAGUACCGUCGUGCCUUUGACCUCCUUACAUCUGGCAGUGCUUCCAAGAUUCUUCUUGACCCUCAAAACUGAUUAUCCACCAGUUGCUCUGCUUCGUAAAGGCAUGUCUAAAUUACCAGACAUUCCCACCAGACAACAAAUGCAUAUACAGCCAAAAAAAAGUUUGUUGGAAUAAUGUUAACAGCAUUCAGAAGUUGAAGUGAUUGCUUUAAGAAACACUGAUAAAGGAGUGGUAAAGGAGGCAACCAUGCAUGAGGUCUGGAUGAAUAGCUUAACAUAGGUAGUAACAAAAGAACAGAGGCAAUUGUUGAGGUUUUUUUUUUUUUUUUUUUUUUUUUUUUUUUUUGAGAAAGACUUUUAAUAUUUUGCUAUACCUGUCAUAAUUAACAGAUAACAAUUAUAUAAUUAAAUAUAUUUCAAAGAUUUUUAAAAUUUUAUCAACUUUCAAAAGCCUCAAUUUUUUUAUGUAGUGACGCAUUCCUUGAUAAUGCCUCGUUGCCAACUCUGCAUCAUGAAAAGAUGUAUUUGCUUUAAUCUUUAGGUAAAUUACCAGUUUGGCUUUUGAGUAACCUUAGGGUAGUGCCUUUAUCACACUCCUUAUCUUGAAUACUACAGCUGCUCAAACACCACAGAACUUUUCAAGCUAUUCUCCUGCAAUACUUAACACAAUACAAAUGACUGAAUUGGAUUUCAAGCACUGUCAGUAAAAUAGAAAACAUCAUCCUAAUACAGUUUGACACAUACAGUUUCCACCUGGAGAACUCUCUAGGGUCUUAAGGUUGUCUGUGCCUAAUGUCUGUCUAAUGUCUAUCUCAAAUUUUUAUUGUAAAAAUGUUUGAUGAUUUAACUAAGGAAUCAUGAGAAUAAAAUUUUA